CGCCGGGCCGCCGCCAUGUUGUUUUGCUUCGUUGUCAGUAGAGAGGAGCGGCAGCAGCGGCAGCAGAGCGGCGCUUUUACCUGACAGUGUGUCUGACCCCUCCCAUCAGCCUGCAUUGCCAUGGCGACUUUCCCAGAGUACAUCGCUUCAAACGAGGAGCGAGACGGCGUGCGUUUCAGCUGGAACGUCUGGCCGUCCAGCAGGCUGGAGGCGACCCGGAUGGUGGUCCCCGUUUCAGCCCUGUUCACCCCGCUGAAGGAACGGCCCGACCUGCCGCCCAUCCAGUAUGAACCGGUUCUCUGCAGCCGCGCCACCUGCCGCGCUGUGCUCAACCCACUGUGUCAGGUGGACUACAGAGCCAAGCUGUGGGCCUGUAACUUCUGCUACCAGAGGAACCAGUUUCCUCCAUCUUACGCUGGAAUCUCUGAGGUGAACCAACCAGCUGAGCUGCUGCCUCAGUUCUCCACCAUCGAGUAUGUGGUCCAGCGAGGCCCUCAGAUGCCACUGGUCUUCCUGUACGUGGUGGACACCUGUAUGGAGGACGAGGACCUGCAGGCUCUGAAGGAGUCCCUGCAGAUGUCCCUGUCUCUGCUGCCUCCCACCGCACUGGUCGGACUCAUCACCUUCGGCCGCAUGGUUCAGGUUCACGAGCUGGGCUGUGAGGGGAUUUCCAAGAGCUACGUCUUCAGGGGCACCAAGGACCUGAACGCCAAGCAGCUCCAGGAGAUGCUCGGUCUGACUAAACCUUCAGCCACUCAGGGACGAGGACCUCAACCUGCCCAACAGCCUCUGUCCAACAGGUUCCUGCAGCCGGUGCAGAAGAUCGACAUGAACCUGACUGACCUGCUGGGGGAGCUGCAGCGCGACCCCUGGCCCGUCACUCAGGGAAAGAGACCACUGCGCUCGCUGGGCGUUGCCAUGUCCAUUGCUGUGGGCCUGCUGGAGUGCACCUUCCCUAACACGGGCGCUCGGAUCAUGACCUUCAUCGGAGGCCCAGCCACGCAAGGCCCCGGCAUGGUGGUGGGGGAUGAACUAAAGACCCCCAUCAGGUCCUGGCACGACCUCGAGAAGGACAACGCCAAGUUCAUGAAGAAAGCCACCAAGCACUAUGAGUCUCUAGCUAACAGAGCGUCCACUAACGGCCACAUCAUCGACAUCUACGCCUGUGCUCUUGAUCAGACCGGCCUGCUGGAGAUGAAGUGCUGCGCCAACUAUACCGGAGGUUACAUGGUGAUGGCCGACUCCUUCAACACGUCUCUCUUCAAACAAACCUUCCAGAGAGUUUUCACCAAAGACGUCCAGGGAUCCUUCAAGAUGGCCUUCGCUGCCGCGCUGGAGGUCAAGACAUCCAGAGAGAUCAAAGUAUCUGGAGCCAUCGGACCGUGUGUGUCUCUGAACGCUAAAGGACCCUGUGUCUCUGAGAAUGAGAUCGGAACAGGAGGAACGUGUCAGUGGAAGAUCUGCGGUUUGGAUCCGACCACCACGCUGGCUCUGUACUUCGAGGUGGUGAACCAGCACAACGCUCCGAUCCCUCAGGGCGGCCGUGGAGCGAUCCAGUUUGUCACUCAGUACCAACACUCAUCAGGACAGAGACGCAUCAGAGUCACCACCACCGCCAGGAACUGGGCAGAUGCUCAGACUCAAAUUCAAAGCAUCACAGCGUCAUUUGAUCAGGAGGCGGCGGCCAUCUUGAUGGCGAGGUUGGCGGUGUACCGGGCGGAGACGGAGGAGGGUCCUGAUGUCCUCCGAUGGUUGGACAGACAGCUCAUCAGAUUGUGUCAGAAGUUUGGAGAUUACCACAAAGAUGAUCCAAACUCCUUCAGGUUCUCUGAGACCUUCUCCCUCUACCCUCAGUUCAUGUUCCACCUGCGGCGUUCUCCGUUCCUGCAGGUGUUCAACAACAGUCCAGAUGAGAGUUCAUAUUACAGACAUCAGUUCAACAGACAGGAUCUGACUCAGGCUCUCAUCAUGAUCCAACCAGUGCUCUACGCUUAUUCAUUUAACGGGCCGCCUGAGCCGGUCCUUUUGGACAGCAGCAGCAUCCUGCCAGACCGAAUCCUACUAAUGGACACUUUCUUCCAGAUCCUCAUCUACCACGGAGAGACUGUAGCUCAGUGGAGGAAGGCUGGUUAUCAGGAAAUGCCUGAGUAUGAGAACUUCAAACACCUCCUUCAGGCUCCGGUGGACGACGCUCAGGAGCUGCUGCACACUCGCUUCCCAAUGCCGAGAUACAUUGACACCGAGCACGGAGGCAGCCAGGCUCGCUUCCUGCUCUCCAAAGUGAACCCCUCCCAGACCCACAACAACAUGUACGCCUGGGGACAGGAGUCUGGAGCUCCCAUCCUGACAGACGACGUCAGCCUGCAGGUGUUCAUGGAUCACCUAAAGAAACUUGCUGUCUCCAGUGCUGCCUGACCUCACCUGUUCGCGCUAUGUUUCCUCUUUUAUUUUGCAUUUGCUGCCUAAGUUCUCUUGACAACCAGUUGACCAACUAAUUAACAAGCCAGCACAGCCUGUCAGCCUCCAAGUCACAGCCAAUCAGCAGUAGGUUCAGAACAAACAAUUUUGAUGCAUGUUAAACAUCCAGUUAGUUUUAAACCCUGAGUGAAGACUGAAGGCUGCAGCAUCACAUUCUGUUUGUUUCAGAUAUUUCUACAUCUUCAAAUACUAGUUAUUAUAUGGUGGAAAAUGUCUCUCUUUGUCUUCUAUCUGAAUACAUCGUCCCUCGGUCAGCUGUUUCUAACAUGUUGACUGAUGUGAGAUCAGAUCAUCGUCUGAAUGUGCUCAGAAAAUCAUCAAGCAAGGAAAACAAAACAAGCAAGGAAGAUAACAACAGAGUCUGGUGGAAACUUGGACUCAUUUGGAAUCACCACAGUAGUUUGAAAAUGUAUCGAUCAUCAGAAAUCUUUGUGUUGUUUGUGUUUUGUGAUGCUCAACACAUUUUCGCGGUUGUAAUUGUAAUUACCUUUAUAAAAACGUUCUAAAGGUUAUUCUCACAAGUGCUGUUGAUUUUCUGAUCACAGUGAGGUAUGUUCAUGAUUCUUCAUUUAGAGUGUGAGGACAAGCUUUUCCCAAUACAUUAUCUGCAGAGUCUCUGAUCUGUGAACGACUGUUGGUUGUUGUUAAGUUUGUCUUUGAACACUAAAGUCCUGCAAAGAAAAGUCAGAUACAUGUUUUCAGUGAGUUCUGUUGCUACUGCCUUUAUUUUCAUGUUUCUAAUAAAAAUCUGCUGUGAAAACAUACAA